ACUUCCAGCUCGCAUCAAACGCCCUUACACGGCGGGCACGCCUCUUUUGAUCCCCUUCUCUAUAGUUGAUUUAAUUAAACCAUCCGGCCAGACAAAAAAGCGAGCGCGGUCGAGCAGCACUUUUUGUCACUCCAGCCAGCGGAAGGAGCGCCAUGGUGGACGCGGAGCCGCCAGAGUUCGUCAAGUACCUCGGCGAAGACCCCCUGUCCAGCUGGUGGCCGUGGGUCGUCGCCCUGUUCGUCGGCGUCGUCACCUGCAUCAAGGGGUACAUGGGGGGAGCAGAUUGCCCCAGCAAGGCGCGCAUCGACAGCAAGUGGGUCAUCGUCACUGGAGCUAAUUGCGGCAUCGGGCUCGAAACGGCCAAGGAACUAGCCAAGAAGGGCGCCAAACUGAUUCUGGCGUGCAGAGACGAGAAAAAGGGCGAAGAGGCGCGCGACGAAGUUCGAAAAGUUGCGCAAAACGCCGUUCUAAUCGUGGAAAAGCUUGAUUUGUGCAGCUUUGAAUCAAUCAAGCAAUUCGUCGCCAACUUAGGAAACACUGAGGUGGACAUCUUGAUCAACAAUGCAGGAGUGGUUUUUCACCCGGAAGGAAGGACGGUCGACGGAUUUGAGUUUCAUCUCCAAACAAAUUAUUUAGGCCCUUUUCUGCUGACCCACCUCCUAUUGCCAAAGCUGAAAGCGCGCAAGGGCCGAGUGAUCAACGUGAGCUGCGUAGCAAACUUUGCUGGAGACAUUCACAUGGAAAACCUUAACAUGGAAGGGUGUUACUCGUCUCGCGAGGCGUUUGGUCAGAGCAAAUUGGCCUUGGUUAUGAUGACAGUGGAAAUGGCAAAACGAUUGAAGGGAAGCGGCGUAACUUUCAACUCUCUGCACCCUGGAAUGGUACGCGGCACGCAGCACAUGAGGCAUUCGCCCUUCAGCAGCUCUAUCAUCCUGAAGGCACCCAUGGUGCCCUGGAUUUGGCUCUUCACCAAAAACCCUCACCAGGGUUGUCAAACCACUGUCUACCUGGCCAUCGAAUCCGGAUUACAAAAAACGACUGGGAAAUACUUCGCGGACUGCUCUGAGACAAACAUGGCAGAGAAAGCCCAUAACGGAGAUCUGACCAAAGCCCUGUAUGAAAAAACAUGCCAACUGGUCGGCAUCAAAAGCAUCGAGAAGAGCAAGCACUGAUUCCGCCUUGACAAUAAAUAUUAUAACCAUUAUUUGUAUGGUAGAAUAGCUUGUUCAGUGUGAUUGUGUGUCUGGAUUUAUGGAAGUAGCGCUCGAAAGUGUCCCCAAGCAACAACGAGACUUCGCAACAACGCCAAUUUUCAUUUUUUCGUCAUCUUUAGUGCAUUUACUAGUAAUUUAUUUACGCAGAUAGCAUUCCUUAAUUUAUUUUGACUGUGUAAAUUGUUGGCGAAAAUAAUAAUAGUAAAAAAUAAACCAUAUUGCAUUUAAAAAGUGCUAA